AUGUCUCCUCCUACCUCUCUGAGGGACCGCCAGAUAGCUGCGAUCAAGCGUAUCUUGCAUCUGAAUGCGCCCAUAACAAACGCCGACGCCCAAGACGAUGCCAAUCCUGUCGCAGACACGGCCGAAAUCCAGUGGAAGGUGCUCGUGGUCGAUUCCGAGGCGCGCGAUGUCAUCAGCACUGUCCUGCGCGUGAACGACUUGCGGGCGGCCGGCGUCACCGUCCACUUCAACAUCAAGGCCAAGCGACACCCAAUCCCCGAUACCCCAGCCAUAUAUCUCAUAUCCCCCACAUCCGAGAACAUAAACCUGGUCGCAAAGGACCUCCAAGAGGCAAUGUACCAGCCCGUAUACAUCAACUUUCUCUCAAGCAUACCCCGGGCACUGCUCGAAGACUUUGGAGGACAGGUCGCCGCUUCGGGUGCUGAGCACAUAGCCCAAAUAUACGACCAGUUCCUCAACUUCUCGACCCCCAACAGUGACUUGUUCUCUCUCAACAUCCCCAACGCCUACCGGAUAAUCAACAGUGCAAACACACCCGAUCAGGAGCUUGAUGAGCUGAUCGAUCGGAUAGUCUCUGGUCUCUUCUCAGUUGUGGUCACCAUGGCUGUAGCUCCUAUCAUUCGCUGUCCAAAGGGAGGUGCCGCUGAGCUCAUCGCUGCAAAGCUGGACAGAAAACUUCGCGACUACAUCCUCAACAGCAAGGAAAGUUUUUCCUCUGCGGCCUCAUCGCCACGGCCUGUGCUUAUCAUCUUAGAUAGGAGCAUAGAUUUAUGUGCGCUUCUUGGUCACAGCUGGAUCUACCAAAGUCUCGUGGCUGAUUGUCUACCCUUCCACCUCAAUACUGUAACUCUUACGGUUCCCCUGGACAAAGAGGACCCAUCCAAAGGUGUGAAGAAGAAUACGAUUGACCUUACUGCCACCGACUACUUCUGGAGCCGCAACGCAGCAUUGCCCUUCCCUGAGGCAGCCGAGGAUGUGACGAAUGAAUGGCAAAUGUAUCAACAAGAUGCGGAGAAGUUAACAAGGAACACCCCAUCCAAGUCUAUAGAUGACUUGGCCGAGGCGAAUUUUGCGUCACACUUGAAGGGUGCGAUCGCCCAGCUACCCGCACUUCAAGAGAAAAAGCGCGUUUUGGAAGGGCAUAUGGCAAUACUGGAGUCCUUGUUGGACGGCAUUCGCAACCGAAAACUUGACGAAUGGUUCCAACGCGAAGCCGACCUAGCCAAAGAGACGCCGGAGAGUGUCUUGCAGAUAAUACGUGGAGAAGGCGGCAACGAUCCAACAGACAAGCUGAGGUUCUUCAUCCAAUUCUACCUGACCACAGCGCAGGAGCUUACGCGAAGUCAAUUGGAAUCUUUCGAAUCGGCACUAAAAGCUGCGGGUGCAGACACGAGCGCUUUAGCGUACGUGGCUAGCGUUCGUUCAAUCAGCAAAAUGACAACCAUGGCUGCACCUACAAAGCCGGCACAAGCUCCUGUGACUAAUUUGUUUGGUGGGCUUUCCAACUUGAGCUCAAGGCUCAAGGAUGCUGGUGGUUUUUCUGCUAACCUGGAUAUCUCUGGUGUACUGAGUGGGAUCAAGCAAUUCAUACCGUCCAACUCAGACCUUCCAGUCACCAAGAUAGUCGAAGCCAUUUGUGAUCCAUCAAGCGCGACAUCUGCGCAAAGUGCUAUGACAGAAAACUACCUAUACUUUGAUCCGCGGUCAUCGAAUGCUCGCGGUACCUUACCGCCAGCAAGCCAAUCGCGGAACCAACAACAGCAAAGUCGAGGCCUUGAAGCUACAUUUGGCCAGAAACGCGCUGCAUUCACGGAAGCUAUCUGUUUCACCGUAGGCGGUGGUUCCAUGGUAGAGCAGAGUAACCUCUCCUCAUGGGCUUCAAGAACGAGUGCAGCUGGUGCUGGUCCAAGACGUGUGGUAUACGGCAGCACAGAGCUAUACUCUGCGAACAAGUUCAUUGAAGAAGAGCUGAACCCGCUCGGGAAAGAAAUGACUUGA